AUGUUCAACACGAUCGGGCGCGUCUCGGCGGCCCCGCCCGCCCGUCGCGACUGCCGCCACCCAGUGCACAACGACCAUGACGACGACGACGACGACGAUGUCAACAUUCCCGUGCUCGAGACGUCGUGUGACAUUCUCUUCGACUCGGACCGGAGCUCGACCGCAGCCUUCCAGUUCCACGUCGAAGGCAUCCACAACGAGGUGACGACCCCCAUGCGACGCGUCAUUCUCGCCGCCACAGCUGUCGCCCUCGUCGUUGCGUCGGAUCGGAACCUUCGGCGGCCGCCCCCGAACGCCCCCGUGUUCCUCGACCACGUCCCGAUGCGCCCGCCACUCGCUGCCAUGGCCGUCGCGUUCGAGUCGGUCGCCGACAAGGAUGCAUGGGCUCGCAGUGUAGAGUUUGUCGCGGAGCCACGGGCUCCGCCGCCGUGAUGCGCUCUUCUCGUCCUCGUCCUUUUCCGUCGUAGCUGUGGUCGUACUAGGAGGAGAUGGAUCCAUCUGUAAUGUACAGCAACUAUCAGUA